AUGGUGAUUUCGUUUUUUUUCAGGUUUGUUAGUGAAAGUGGUACCUCUGCGGAUAACCCAUUACUGGGCUACGCAAAGUGUGAAGCAGUUGGUGACCAGCCGUCGAAGACGAUUCUCGUUCUCUUUCCUGACACUGAUGAAAACAACGAGAAUAUUCCUCGAAUUAAGAUUUCGGUGCAACCUUCUACAAAAGUUGGGGACGUCAUCGGCUAUUGCCUUUAUCGUUUGUAUGCAGAUUUCGAUAAGACCGUAAGUGGGAGUGUGGACGAUUAUCAAUUGUUGAUGGCUGAUGAGAGUGGGGAAAUCGAGUCUGACCUCCCACCAUUAGACAGAGGCAGAUCUAUUGGCGAUCUCGGUUUCACUGUGCUUGCGCUCGUUUCGAAGCGCAGAAAAAUGGACAGUGAUAUGAAAUCUACCUACAGGAUUGUUGUGUAUCUCCCGACUGGGCAGAAUUUCAUUUUCGAACUUGAAAACCUUGACCGUUCUCUCGAAUGGUUGCGCGAUGAAGCUGUGAAGAGAAAACAAGGACAGGAUUCUAGUCCAAGGAUAGGCAUGAUGCCGGAGAUGGAGUAUGAGUUAGAAGACGUGAACGUUUUUGGGAAACCGGUGAAUCUUCAACAGUCGAUCGCAAACACCGGCUGUUACGAAUUCGUUCUAGUGAGAAAAUACAGUUCCCGCGGCGAAUUCCAUCCUCGAGGGACUAUGUUCCGCCAAAAAAGUACAGCUUUGUUAACACCAAUUUCUCGAACACCGUCCAGUCCAGUGUUUGAUUUCUCCAAUCCUCGCGUAAGUCCUGCCAAUACUCCUUGUACCCCAACUGGAGGCAUUUCUCCAUUUGUAUUUUCUGAUGACGACGAAGCGAUUAUGACAUUCCGGGUAAAUCGACUUCAUCGAGUGAAGCGCAAUUGGCCAGGAAUUAUGUCGAUCCGCUGGGAUUUAUUCGACAUCGCUCCACUGCAGAGUAAUCGAAAAUCAUUUCUUCCAAAUUCUUAUCAGAAGGUUAUAUCUGUGUUGUGGACUAAUCUAUGCGAGGUAAAAUGUGUGGAACGAGCACCGGGGGAGCUGACGCCGAUGUUGGAGAUCACCUGGUUGCCGGCGCUCGGAAAGGGAACUGCCCCAUCUGAAGAGGAGAUAACUCUUCGUUUCAUUGCUCAGAAUUACGAGAAUCGAACAUGGAAGGCAGUCACGGUGGAAUUCGAGUCCGUCGACAAAGCUCAGCAAGCCAGGGAACAUAUGGUGGACGUGGUGCGAGCUCUCAACUCACCUGCAUUCCAGGUAAAGACCAGAGAAGAAAAUGUAGGCUUCGAAAGGGGUUCCACGGAAUAA